UUUACGUUCGAAGUUGUCCAGUCGUCCUCCUGCUUUGACAGUGUGUGGUUAUUGUUCGUUGUUUUGCAAUCAUUUUCAUUUUACUCUUUUAUAAUUUUAUUAUUAUACUAAUAUAAAUCAAAUUAUGGCAGAAAAACUACGUAUUUGUAUUGUUGGAUCAGGAAAUUGGGGUUCGACUAUCGCUAAGAUAAUUGGAGUAAAUGCUGUUAAUUUUAGUAACUUCGAAGAUCGCGUUACAAUGUAUGUUUAUGAAGAAAUAAUCAAUGGAAAAAAACUAACAGAAAUUAUUAAUGAGACACAUGAAAAUGUAAAGUAUCUUCCAGGACAUAAGCUUCCGCCCAAUGUAAUUGCAAUUCCUGAUGUAGUAGAAGCUGCUAAAGAUGCAGAUAUUCUAACUUUUGUAAUACCUCAUCAAUUUAUAAGAAGAAUAUGUAGUGUAUUAUUAGGAAAAAUAAAGCCUACAGCUGUUGGCCUUUCUCUUAUAAAAGGCUUUGAUAAAAAACAAGGAGGUGGUAUUGAACUUAUUUCACAUAUAAUUUCAAAACAACUUCAUAUUCCUGUUUCAGUUUUAAUGGGAGCAAAUUUAGCUUCUGAAGUAGCAAACGAAAUGUUUUGUGAAACUACUAUUGGUUGCAAGGAUAAAAAUAUGGCUCCUAUACUGAAAGAUUUAAUGGAAACAUCAUAUUUUAAAGUUGUAGUAGUUGAAGAUGUUGAUUCGGUUGAAUGUUGUGGAGCAUUAAAGAAUAUAGUAGCCUGCGGCGCUGGUUUCAUCGAUGGUUUAGGAUUCGGUGAUAAUACAAAAGCUGCAAUAAUAAGAUUGGGCCUUAUGGAAAUAAUUAAAUUUGUGAAUAUUUUUUUCCCUGGUGGAAAAAAAUCUACAUUUUUUGAAAGUUGUGGAGUAGCAGAUUUAAUUGCAACUUGUUACGGUGGUCGAAAUCGUAAAAUUUGCGAAGCAUUUGUAAAAACGGGCAAGAAAAUCUCUGAGUUGGAAAAGGAAAUGUUGAAUGGACAAAAGUUGCAAGGUCCUUUCACUGCUGAAGAAGUAAAUUAUAUGUUAAAAGCGAAAAAUAUGGAAAACAGAUUUCCCCUUUUUACAACUGUACAUCGGAUUUGUAUUGGUGAGAUAAUGCCUAUGGAACUAAUUGAACACUUACGCAAUCAUCCAGAAUACAUGAACAACGACGUUAACGCACCAAUACUACAAUUACUAUCACCAAGAUGUCACCUAUGAAGAUUAUUUGGAAGACAUAAAAGAAGAUUUACAUUAUUUCGAUUUUAAAAACUGUUUUUAUUUAAAGCAUAGAUUUCCAUAUCUACAUUUUGAUAUGGACAAUGUAACAAUAAUUACAAUGACUUAUAUAACACAGUGAUAAAAAUUUAUGAAUAAUUGGAUACUGGAUAAAUUUUUUUAUGUUUAUUUAAAAAUAAUAAGUUUUAAUAAUGGGUGCUAUGCUACUUUACAUCUUUGAUUAUUAUUUUGCAAAUUAAUAUAAUCCGUUUAUUUUUGUAUAUUCUUAUAUUUUUAUUAUUUUAUAUUUCUGAUUUUUGUUUUUAUUUUAAUUAAUAUUAUGUUAUAUUAAUAUUUCUUAAUAUUAUGUUCAGUAAGCGGUAUUGAAAAUUUUUACUUCUUUUCAAAUUUAAAAUUUAAGAUUAUGUUAUAAUAUAGUUAAAACCUUCAAGAUAUCAUCCUAAGUAUUAUUAUUAAGCAAUUGCUAAUUUUAACAUUCAUUCUGGCUACGGUUUGCUGUUACGUUUAUAUUGGCCUUGAUCCAGAACAAUGAAUGCCAACCGUUAGAAAAUAAUUUGCGAUCGUUACUAAGGUCAAUGAAGGCUGAAGUUAGUUUGUAAGUUAAUCGGUCAGUCAGUCAGUCGUACAUCAGCGUUUGAAAAUAAUCUAAUUUGUGGUACUUUGUGCAGCAUUCUUAUACCCUCGUGAACUUAUAAAUUUUGUAUCAUUUAUACAUUAAGAUACCAAAAUGGCUACA